AUGCACAUGUUGUUGACCGCUGUUGUGGCUUCUGCCCCUUCGCUCGGGUUGUGGGGAGCUGCUGCUUUGUGUGUUGUGCUGAUGAUCUUCUGGAUGUUGAUUGGCGUAAUGGACACGAUGUGCCGAAUCACAAACAGUCUGAGUGGCUGCCAGCCGCAAGCUCGGGCGGCGAAAACACGCUCGGACAAGUGGGGCUCCCACGAAGAAGCUGCCACUCGAGCGCUGAAAGAACCAACUGUGACCGUCGACAAUGAACGGCUUAUACGCACGCAUCAUAGCACCCUCGGACCUUGUCCCUUUGUAUAUGAAACCACCGAGGCCGAUGGAAAGUCCAUCUGGGUAGUAAGCAUUGGGCCCAACGUGCCAAUGUACGACACACACGCCGGCGGACGCGAGAUCCACAUCCACCCGGAGUAUUUACUCCCUCAGCUGUCGAAAGUGUAUAGCGGGAGUCGCCCGGAUCCCCUGCGUCGUGGAAUCAAUCCCCGACGGUUUCUCACAGCAUCGGACUUGGAGUUAUUGCGCCGGUUCUUUCCUGCAGCUGUUGGUGCGCGGGUCCUCAUCUCGGGGUUUAUUAUUGUAUUGUUUCAAACUCGCAAGGAUAUCGAGGCGUCAUGGUUGGAGGGUUGUGUACCGUCGUUUGGACUGCUAAGACUGGGAUACGGAAUCGCAGUUCACUAUCCCGCGGUCGCUGUCGCCGACAGUGGCAAUGCAGUGGCUGGCUCGCCGGAGAAAAACGAGUCUGUCACAUCCUUGGGUCUGAAAUUGCGAUUCGCAGAUGAUUCACAAGGUAUCGCGGUUGCGACUCAUGGCUUUGUUGAUUUGAGAACAGCGCAAGGGAACAUCGCGCAUAAGGAGAAGAGUUGGCUGGCAAAGACCAAGUCGACAUUUUCAAAGGCGACCGCGAUAAAAGUCAAGGAACGUGUCAAGAUGGGAGCUGCCGUGGACUCGCCGCUGGGGAAAAGCGUGUGGUUCGUUCAGGAGCCGAAAGAGAAAAUCGGACAUGUCACGACGACAUACGACCAUCCCCUCGCGUGCUCGUCCACAUUCCCACAGACCAUCGACCAUGAUACCUCAAUUGUCACAGGAGAUCAUCUCCCGAAAGUCUUGAAUCCACCGCGUGCACCUAAAAUCAUUGGCUGGGGCAACUAUUGUGAUGCAUUGGAUGGCAAGCUGGCCUUCACAAUGACACUCAGUGCUCUGAGCGAGACACCCAAGCAGAAGAGUCGGAUGGACCCGUUCGGCACCAUGCAGAAGGCUGCCGUCGAGGGAACCGAAUAUCUGUGGAACAGAAAGGCGCGUACACAAUCAGCUGCACUACUGUGGCGAGCAAUGCACGACGGCACUGAGAAGGAGGGACUGUCGGGCUCGGUACUGUGUCUGGGAGAACCCACAGAACCCAAUUGUCGUGCAGUCUUGUUCAAGCAUUUUGAGACGCCAAUUAGCCCCCAGCAUUUCCAUGUCAGUGGUGUGGCCUCUGCCCGGGGUGAUACCUCGUGGUCGAGUAUCGAUGGAGGCUUUGUGCUACCUCCUGAGAUCCGCACGGCUGAGAUCAUCUGUGAGACGGACGAGUCUACGGGGCUGCCACUGGAGGAUCAAGCGUGGGAUAUUGAGUAA